AAAAAAAAGUCCAAUAAGUUCAACAAAACGCGUCUCUUUAAAUUUCCAUGUACUUUCGUAGAUGGUAGGCGUAAUUGGCCAAAUUCAACCCCUGCAGAGUGCAGAUCAGAGGGUAUAGAUAGAUCCAUCAUUUUUCAUGAAUAUGCAGGCCAAAAAGAAGAGUCGUUUAAAGAACGGAAACCAUGUUAUUAGAGAAGCUGGUAAUCUCUUGUACAGAUUAUUUGAAUUGGCGGAAAAAGGAGGAGAGUCGACAUGAGAGACAGGCAGAAAGGGAAAGAUUGUUUCUAGACAACGGAAGCAAGGUCUUGGAGGAGCUGGUUGCCUCUUGUAAUGGCAAGCCUACUCCAAUCCGUAGCUUCUCCCAUGAAGAGCUCAGGUUAGCAACCGGUAACUUUGACGGUCGUCGUGUUCUUAAUCAAAUCAAGAGUUAUAAAUGGUACAAGGGUUCUCUCGACGACCGAACAAUUUCCAUUAAGAAGUACGAAAAAGAUUCGAUCGAGCAAGAGUAUGUCGUCACCGAUAUCGCUAUUUCUGCAAAAGUAAGCGGUCACAAGAAUGUUUUAAAGCUAGUCGGGUGCUGUCUCGAGACUCAACUGCCCACUUUAGUAUAUGAAUCUGCCGAUGGGACCCUUGCCGAUCGUAUCUAUGUUAUCAAAGACGAUGGAACUCGGAACGAACAUCAGCCCAUGGCAUGGCAGAGCAGGUUGAAGAUUGCAAGGGAGAUUGCUCAUGCUGUUGCAUACCUCCACAAUGCCUUCUCCAGACCCAUCAUUCAUAGGGAUAUAAGAUUGGGAAAUAUCUGGUUAAACCAACACGAUGUUCCCAAACUGGCUGAAUUCUCGCUCUGCAUCUCAGUCCCCGAGGGUGAGACUUUUGUAGAAGACGAUGUGCAUGGGAGUAUCGGGUUUAUAUGCCCAAGCUAUGUUGCUACCGGCAAGGUAACAGAGAAAACAGAUGUCUAUAGUUUUGGAAUGAUGCUGUUGGUGAUUUUAACAGCGCAACGUCCUUAUAAUCGUAGAGUAACGUCUGCUGAUGAUGAAGGAGAUGCGAGCUUAGUAAAUUACGUAAGAAAUCAUGCAAUAAGUCAAAUUGUGGAUCCGGCAUUAAUGGUGGAUGGAUCACAAAGUGUACUAAUAGGUACGGAGCAACAAUUGCAAUCUGUACUGCAGCUUGCCCUCACAUGCGUUGAUGACGAUCCAGAGAUUAGGCCGACCAUGAUUGAUGUUACAGAAGAACUACGGCGGAUUGAGAGGUUCGUUUCAUAAUUAUCUUCGAUCUCACGUACGUGUCGUGUACUUCUACAUGAUUCAAAUUCUUUCAUGAACACCAAUUCGAUCUGUUCUGUACGAGGCAACCUGGUGCUGAUCUCUUUGCUCGCUUGCAAUGAAAAUGGUAGCUUUAAUUUGAACUCGAUAAAGAUGACAUUCAUUGGGAGUGUCGAGUUUCAAUAUGUUGUUAGCUAGCUAGAUACAAUAAGAUUUUUGUACGCUUGCUCAUGAUGAGUGGAUGUACUCAUCAAAUGCAUCAUUUGAUCUGUUGAUCAAUUCUUACUUUCAAUUUCAUGUCACAGCAAAUAAACCAAAAAGUGUUGUAUGUUGUAUGGAUGUGUUUUAAAACAAUAUCCCUAUCUAUUCUCGUGAUCAUAUACA